UCUCAAGCAAGAAUUCUCCUUUACACUAUAAAUUUGGGACUGCCUUGCAGGUUUCUGCACUCAAAAAACCAUAAGCGUAUAGUAGAAAGAAAAAUGACUUCUAUGAGCUCUUCAAUGCUGCCAUUCCUACUUUGUCUUCUCUUUUCAUUGUCACGUGUAACAUCAGCUCGUCCUCAUGAAGAUUUUCUUCAAUGCCUUUCCCUUCAUUUUGAGGACUCCACAGCCAUCUCUAAAGUUAUUUACACCCCAAAAAACUCAUCAUAUUCUUCUAUCUUGCAUUUCGCUAUACGAAACCCCAGGUUCAAUUCUUCUGAACUGAAACCUUUUGUCAUUGUUACACCAACGGAUGCAUCGCACAUCCAGGCUGCCAUCCAUUGUUCCCAAAAACACAAGUUAGAAAUUAGAAUUCGGAGUGGCGGUCAUGAUUUUGAGGGUCUAUCUUACAUGUCUACUGUCCCAUUUGUCAUUGUUGAUCUGAUCAAUCUUAGAUCAAUCACUGUUGAUGCAACCAAUAAAACUGCAUGGGUUCAGGCUGGCGCAACACUAGGGGAACUUUAUUAUAGAAUUGCUGAGAAAAGUAGAACUCUUGCUUUCCCUGCAGGUGCUUGUCAUACUGUUGGUGUUGGAGGGCAGUUUAGUGGAGGAGGGUAUGGAGGGUUGCUGCGUAAAUAUGGUCUUGCUGCAGAUAACGUAAUUGAUGCAGAAUUAAUUGAUGCUAAUGGUAGAGUUCUUGAUAGAGAAUCGAUGGGGGAAGAUUUGUUUUGGGCCAUUCGAGGCGGUGGAGGAAAUAGCUUCGGAGUCGUUACAGCAUGGAAAGUAAACUUGGUUGAAGUUCCGCCUACAGUGACCGUCUUUGCUGUCCCAAAAGUCUUGAAAGAAAAUGCAACCAAGCUUAUCCAUCGUUGGCAAUACGUUGCAAAUAAGCUUCCUGAAGAUAUCGUCAUUGCAGCAUAUGUAAACAGAAUUAAUUCUAGUCAAGGAGGAAAUCCAACAAUACAAGCAACAUUCACUUCUUUAUUUCUUGGUGGGGUUGAUAGACUUCUUCCACUGAUGCAAGAGAGCUUCCCUGAGCUUGGUCUUGUAAAAGACGAUUGCAUUGAACUGAGCUGGAUUGAGUUUGCCCUCUUCCUCGCUGGAUUUCCAAGUAAUGCAUCCUUGGAUGUGUUGCUUGAUAGGACUCCUCAAUCCAUAACAAGUUUCAAAGCAAAAUCUGACUAUGUUAAACAACCCCUGCCUGAAACCACAUUAGAAGGGAUGUGGGAAACGUUCUUCGAAAAGGACAUUGAGUCCCCUAGUUUGUUCAUGGUUCCUUAUGGGGGAAAGAUGGAAGAGAUUUCUGAGUCAAGCAUCCCAUUUCCACAUAGAGCUGGAAAUUUAUAUAAAAUUCACUACUAUGUGGCUUGGACAGAAGAAGGCAAGGAAGCAUCCGAAAGGCAUAUUUCUUGGAUCAGAAGGCUUUACAGUUACAUGACUCCUUAUGUUUCGAAAAAUCCUCGAGAAGCAUACGUCAAUUACAGAGACCUUGAUCUCGGAAUAAAUAACCUUGCAGGCAACACAAGUUAUAAGCAAGCAAGCAUUUGGGGUAGGAAGUACUUCAAAAAUAACUUUGACAAGCUGGUACGCAUAAAGACUGAAGUUGAUCCUGCCAAUUUCUUCAGAAAUGAGCAGAGCAUACUGUUAAUUUGAGUAGGGUUUUUCUGC